CAGGUACAGGACGCUGUUAACGCCCUCAGUCUGGGCUCCACGGACGCCUUCCAGACAGAUAUUGAUCAGGCCACCAGUGUCAUUAAGGACGCAGACAAUUCCAAGCAGCUGCUACCUCAUUUACAAAGAAUAGCCAUGAAAUCAAUAGACACAGGAAACCCAGUGGAGACUGAAUUAAAAUAUCUGAGUGAUAAUCUGAAGGAAACUCUACAGACCCAAAUGAAGAAAACAGUCACCGACAUGAUUGAGUGUACAGGAAAUCAAUGCUCAGGAGUCACCUCAAAUAAGGAUUUCAUGCUCGAGUUAGUGUCUGGGUGUUCUGAGAGGAGUUCUUUACCUAAAGGUUUCACUAAACACCUGAUGGAUGGGGUAGAAACCGACAUCUACAACAAACUUAGCGAGAUUAACUUGGCAGUGGCAGCCCACAUAUCUGACACAGUCAUUGAUGGUGUGAUAGAGACAUUGACUGACAGUCACAAGACACUGAUGUCUCACCUGAAACAGAAGCGGUCCGAGGAUCGUCCCAACUCCACCGAGUCCAGAGACAAGGGGGUGGAGAAGACAGAGGAACCAGAGAAGGUCCCCCUCAGGAUCUCCAUCAAAGCAGACUCCCCGGGGGCAUCAUCUAAAAGCAGCCAUGAUAAUCUAGAAGUACCUGAAAACAGUUAUAUUGCGUACACGGUACCAUUUCUACAGACACACCCCUACAGUACACCAAACUUAACCAACAAGAGGAAAAGUGUUCAUGCCCGGAAAAUGCGACCUCCUACCGUUAUUGAUCCAGGGCAGGUUGCUCAAGCUUUACAAAUUCACCAAGCCAAGGAGAAUGACCAUGAUGGGUCAAAGGUCAGUGAUGUAGCAGAGGUCAAGGCCACUGAAACCAAUGAAGAAGUUGGGUCACAAGAAGAUUUAACUGCUGUAGUAGCCAAACAACCUGCUG